CUUGUGCAGCUAACAGUUUACCCUUUGAACUCCGUGAGGGACACGAACGCCAUUUGUUUAUACCUGUUGCAAUGGCGACCAUAACGGAACUGAAAUGCGCUCUGAGAGAGAGCCUGGAGUCUCGAGGUGUGUUGGGUCAGCUGAAGGCUCGGAUCAGAGCUGAGGUGUUCAAUGCACUCGACGACCAGAGCGAGCCGCGUCCAACGUUGUCGCACGACAACCUUGUAAUCAACGAGCUCAUCCGCGAGUACCUGGAAUUCAACAAGUAUCGAUACACAGCGUCUGUGUUGACAGCAGAAUCAGGUCAACCUGAGGUGCCACUUGACAGACAGUUCAUGGCGAAUGAGCUGAAAGUGGUGGAGGACCCCAGUUCCAGAUCUGUGCCUCUACUGUACGGCUUGCUAUCCCACUUCCUAAGCAGCAGAGGAGACAGUGGAGGGAAGCUGUUUCUCAGGGGCUCAGCACCUGCUACUAUGACCAGAGACCCUAACACACUCCCUAGUCCUGAGUCUUAACACAGGUGUGUCCUGUCUGUCAUUCCAGAUUGCACUGGGACUGGGUGUUGAGUGAUUUUAUUAUUAUUUUUAUUUAAAAAAUUGCAGUUGAUGUCAAGAAAGCCUUAGUAGUGUGUGUUAAUGUUGCCAAAACAGGUUCAAACCAACAGGUCUGAAUUUCAUUUCAUUUGGCCAAUUGUUUGUUCCCUGAGAGUCUGUAAAUGUAGUCUGUUCUUCACUACUGCUAUGUCCGCAUAGCUGUACAUACUGUAGUAAGUGUUUGAUGUGCCAAUUGCUCAUGAAGAUGUAGCUAAAAUAAAUUGUUGUUUUAAUACAUUUUUACUUUAAUAAAGCAUUUUUAGCA